UUUUUUUUUUCACGAACCCUCAUUUAUACGCACGACACCCCCCUUUACAUGGCUUCCGCAGGCAUCAUUUACGCCCUUGUGGCCCGCGGGCCGGUUAUCCUGGCCGAGCAUUCCAACACAACCGGGAAUUUCCAGCAAAUUACGCAGGUAAUUCUGGACAAGAUUCCGCCCAAUGACUCCAAACUGACAUACGUCUACGACCGCUACCUGUUCCACUACAUUUCCGAGAACGGCCUGGUGUACCUCUGCAUGGCCGACGACAAGUUUGGGCGCCGCGUGCCGUUCGCCUUUUUGCAGGCGGCGCAGGAGCAGUUUGUAUCAUCCUUUACCGACGCCGAGAUCUCCUCGGCCAUGGCCUACGGGCUGAACUCGUUUGCGCGCACGCUGGCAAAGCAGAUGGACUAUUAUUCGCGCAACCCGCAGGUCGACGCAAUCCGGCAGGUGCAGGGGGAGAUUUCGCAGGUCAAGGACGUGAUGGUGCAGAAUAUCGAGCGCGUGCUGGAGCGCGGCGACCGCAUCGAUGUGCUGGUCGACAAAACCAACAGCCUGAACAACGCUGCUUUUGCCUUCCGCAAGCGCAGCACUGCGCUCAAGCGCCAGUACUGGUGGCGCAACCAGCGCCUGCUGGCGAUCGUGGUCGCCGCCAUCGUCGUGUUUGUCUACCUGAUGGUCUCGUCCGUCUGCGGCUUCCCCACCUGGAGCCAGUGCCGGGCGUGAGCCUCCCUUCUAUGUAGUCAUUCGGCUUGUUGGUAAAUACACACUCUAGCAGCAAAGGGCCUGGUAGAAACAGGCUAUGGAGCUGAUCUGGUGCACACGAAAGCUUAGCAGUAAAUUGUAUUCAAUUGGUGGGGGUGUGGGUUUAGUCUCUAAGAAUUUCACAGGUUGGCC